AUGCCUAGAUCCCGGACAACUGGAAAUUUUAUUGAUAAGACCUUUUCAAUUGUAGCCAAUAUCUUAUUACGAAUAAUUCCAACAACUUCGGGAGAAAAAGAGGCAUUUACUUAUUACAGAGAUGGUGUGAUGUCUGCUCAAUCCGAAGGAAAUUAUGCAGAAGCUUUACAGAAUUAUUAUGAAGCUUUGCGGCUAGAAAUUGAUCCCUAUGAUCGAAGUUAUAUACUCUAUAAUAUAGGCCUUAUUCACACAAGUAAUGGAGAACACACAAAAGCUUUGGAAUAUUAUUUUCGGGCACUAGAACGAAACCCCUUCUUACCACAAGCUUUAAAUAAUAUGGCCGUGAUCUGUCAUUACGGAGAACAGGCCAUUCGGCAGGGAGAUUCUGAAAUUGCGGAAGCUUGGUUCGAUCAAGCCGCGGAGUAUUGGAAACAAGCUAUAGCGCUUACUCCCGGAAAUUAUAUUGAAGCGCAGAAUUGGUUGAAGAUCACAAGGCGUUUCGAAUAA